CCAGCCAGGGUUCCCGGUUUCACAGACAGGAAAGUGACAGAAGCCGUGCAGAGGGAGACGCAGAGAGAGCUGAGAGGCCAGCAGCCACCCAGUCUCGGGGGAGCGCUGAGCUCCCCCGCCCCCGGCUCCCACCCGGUCCGGGGGCCCCUAGAGCCUCAGCGCCAUCCACGGGCUCCCCAUGGAAGCCAGCUGCGCCCCGGGAGGAAUAGGAGGAGGAGUCGGCUAAAUGCCCACGGUGCGCCCGGGGCCCCUGAGGCCAGCCUGCUCCGCGCCCUAAGGCCCCUGCGCCCCCGACCCGGGGCCGCGCCGCCUCCGCCCGCCCCUCCCCCGGGGCUUGCCCAGGACCUGCCCCCCGCCCGCCCGCCCGCGCUCAGGCAGGAGCUCCGUGCUGGGCUCGCCGCAGCCCUGGAGUGAGGGAAGCCCAGCCGAAGGGGAUCCCCGAAGCCGGCCGCGAUGGACGCCGUCUUGGAACCCUUCCCGGCCGACAGGCUGUUCCCCGGAUCCAGCUUCCUGGACUUGGGGGAUCUGAACGAAUCGGAUUUCCUCAACAAUGCGCACUUUCCGGAGCACCUGGACCACUUUGUGGAGAACAUGGAAGACUUCUCGAAUGACCUGUUCAGCAGUUUCUUUGAUGACCCGGUGCUGGAUGAGAAGAGUCCUCUGCUGGACAUGGAACUAGACUCCCCCACGCCAGGCAUCCAGGCAGAGCACAGCUACUCCCUGAGCGGGGACUCUGCACCUCAGAGCCCUCUUGUGCCCAUUAAGAUGGAGGACACCACCCAAGAUGUGGACCAUGGAGCAUGGGCACUGGGACACAAACUGUGCUCCAUCAUGGUGAAGCAGGAGCAGAGCCCGGAACUGCCUGUGGACCCUCUGGCUGCAUCCUCCGCCAUGGCAGCUGCUGCCGCCAUGGCCACCUCCCCACUAAUGGGCCUCAGCCCCUUGUCCAGGCUGCCCAUCCCCCACCAGGCCCCAGGAGACAUGACUCAGCUGCCAGUGAUCAAAGCAGAGCCCCAGGAAGUGAGCCAGUUCCUCAAAGUGACACCAGAGGACCUGGUGCAGAUGCCUCCAACACCCCCCAGCAGCCACGGCAGCGACAGCGACGGCUCCCAGAGUCCCCGUUCUCUGCCACCCUCCAGUCCUGUCCGACCCAUGGCCCGCUCCUCCACAGCCAUCUCCACCUCCCCCCUCCUCACUGCCCCUCACAAAUUGCAGGGGACAUCAGGGCCGCUGCUCCUGACAGAGGAGGAGAAACGUACCCUGAUCGCUGAGGGCUAUCCCAUUCCCACAAAGCUCCCCCUCACCAAAGCGGAAGAGAAGGCCUUAAAGAGAGUCCGGAGGAAAAUCAAGAACAAGAUCUCAGCCCAGGAGAGCCGUCGUAAGAAGAAGGAGUAUGUGGAGUGUCUAGAAAAGAAGGUGGAGACAUUCACAUCAGAGAAUAAUGAACUGUGGAAGAAGGUGGAGACCCUAGAGAAUGCCAACAGGACCCUGCUCCAGCAGCUGCAGAAACUCCAGACACUGGUCACCAGCAAGAUCUCUAGACCUUACAAGAUGGCCGCCACACAGACUGGGACCUGCCUCAUGGUGGCAGCCUUAUGCUUCGUUCUGGUGCUGGGCUCUCUUGUGCCCUGCCUUCCUGAGUUCUCCUCUGGCUCCCAGACUGUGAAGGAAGACCCCAUGGCCGCUGACAGUGUCUACACGGCCAGUCAGAUGCCCUCUCGAAGCCUCUUGUUCUAUGACGACGGGGUGGGGUCGUGGGAAGAUGGCCACAGCACCCUGCUGCCCGUGGAGCCCCCGGAGAACUGGGAGAUCAAGCCAGGGGGGCCAUCAGAACAGCGGCCCCAGGACCACCUGCAGCAUGACCACCUGGACAGCACCCAUGAGACCACCAAGUACCUGAGUGAGGCCUGGCCGAAGGACAGCAGUGGCAAUGACACCAGCCCCAACUUCUCCCACCCCAAGGAGUGGUUCCAGGACAGGGAUGUGGGACCCAACACCACCAUCAAACUCUCCUAGGCCAGUCCAAGACCCAGGACACAGGACGGACCCCCUGGCACCCAGAAGAGGCAUUCUCUUGUUCACCAACCCGGAUCCAGCUCAUACCCCUGCCCUGGGGCUCCCCACCCCAAGAAAAGGAGUUCUGCUUCUCCUCAACCCUCCUCAACCCAAGCCCCUGACAUUUGGACUGUUCCCUUGGGCCAACCACUCUGUUCUCCCUUGUCCCUCUCACCACCAUCCGUCCUCAGAUAAACCACUCACUGGGCCACCCCUCCUCCUCUCUCAUAAUGACCAACAGACCACUGCCCCCUGCCCCCGACAUCCACACACACACACACACAUCCACAACCCCCCCACCCCACCCCACCUUCCACUGUACAGAGACCAAGAACAGAAAUUGUUUGUAAAUAAUGAACCUUAUUUUUUAUUAUUGCCAAUCCCCUAAGAUAUUGUAUUUUACAAAUCUCCCGCCUAAAGUCUUCCUCUCUUGUUUUAUAUUUUAUGAAGUCAGUGCGAGCUUUGAUGCUCCCUGGCCUGGAACAGAGGGACCCCCCAACACCCUCUCCUGGCCUCCCCCUGCCACCGCUGCCCAAGCCGCUGGGCCUUUUUAACUGCCAAACUGCUCCCUCCAUCAGCUCAGCACACGCUUUAAGAAAGCAAAAUUGAAAAAAAAAAAAAAAAAAAAAGAUGCAGCAUCAA